GGGGAGGGGCAGAGGAGGGGGGCAGGUACCAGAGGUCUGAGCCCCUCCUCCUGCGCGCAGCGGUGCGCCCCUGUUCCAAUGGAAACAGGUGGGAUCCCCGGACUCCUCCAAUCAAAACGUCCCUCCGCGCGGCGGUGGGAGUCGGCCCAGAACCGGAGGCAGGACCGACGCGACCAGCAACUUCCACACUCAACCCGGGAGGGAAAAAGAAAAAAAGUCCGGGAAGAGCCGCCCGUGUGGCCGCGUCACGUCGUCUCUUUUCACCUUCUGUCUUGUCGGAGCUUAUUUCACUUCCCCCCCCCGCAGGAGCGGAGGCUCACCUCACCGGAGCGCCGCUGAAGUUCUGCCCGACUCUCAGCUGCUCCGAGGCGGCGGCGGAGGAGGAACGCCUCGCUGCGUUAUGACCGGAUCUGGGAUUAUUCUGCUUGGAUUACCACCAUUAAUUACCCCGGCUUGAUGCGRCUUCACCCUUCGUAUGCAGAGUGGAUGAUAUAAUUAUUGGAAAAUGCCCGGGAGAACCAAAUACAACCUGGUGGAUGAUGGACACGAUCUGAGGAUCCCGUUGCACAACGAGGAAGCGUUCCAGCAUGGGAUCAACUUCGAGGCAAAGUACAUCGGCAGUCUGGAUGUGGCCAGGCCGAGCAGCAGAGUGGAGAUUGUUGCUGCCAUGAGGAGAAUCAGGUAUGAAUUUAAGGUUAAAAACAUCAAGAAGAAGAAAGUCCACAUCGUGGUGUCUGUUGACGGCGUCAAGGUGACCCUGAGGAAAAAGAAAAAAAAGAAAGAGUGGACAUGGGAUGAAAGUAAGAUGAUGGUGAUGCAAGACCCCAUCUACAGAGUCAGGCCAUGCGUAUCGUCCGGACCGUCGGUCAGGCCUUCGAGGUUUGUCACAAACUGAGUCUGCAGCACACCAAGCAAAACGCCGGACAGGAGGACUGCAAGGGUGAAAAGAACAGCGAUGACCUGUCUGUUGGAGGCGUGCGUGCUUAUCCACCUGUGUGUGUGUGCACUCUGCUCGGCCCAGCCCGAGAGCCAACAGGUGCCGAGACCACCGUGAGCGUCGUCGCAGAGGAGACGGACAUCGAUGCCGAAGAGGCCGUUCAGACGCCGCCGGCCGAGGACCUGAACCUGAACCGAGGCGUGACGGAUCUCGAUGCCACCGCCAAGACGCCCGACCUGAACCCGCCAGAUUAUAAGGCUUCAGAGGAGGUUUCUCUGUUGAUGUCCAGCCCCAGGAUGCUGCUCCCAGCGUCGAGCACGCUCCCGCCCGGCGCUCCCCUCUCUGUGCAUCACCAGAUCCAGCUGCUGCAGCAGCAGCUGCAACAGCAGCAGCAGCAGACGCAGGUGGCUGUAGCACAGGUCCACCUGCUGAAGGACCAGCUAAGCGCCGAGGCCACGGCCCGGCUGGAGGCCCAGGCUCGGGUCCAUCAGCUGCUGCUGCAGAACAAAGACCUGCUGCAGCACAUCUCCCUGCUGGUUAAACAGAUCCAGGAGCUGGAAACCAAGAUGGCGGGACCAAAUUCCAUGGGCUCUCAGGACAGUUUGCUGGAGAUCACCUUCCGGUCCACGGUGCCUCCGGUGAUCUGCGAYGCCACCACGCCCAAACCCCAGGUGUCGGAAUUCAACCUGCCCCCGUUCGGCGCCGGCGACGGGACCAGCAGCGCCUUCUCUUCUUCCAACGGGACUCUGGGGAGCCCGCUAGUUGAUCAGAGUUUGUUUGAGAACUCUGUCGCGCAGCAGCAGAGUCCUCAGACCCCCAGGUUCGGUCAGUCCCCGGCCCGACGGCCCCCAGCAUCAGCCUCCGCCUGCACCGACUCUCCGUCCUCUGGAGGACAGCAGAGGCUGAAAAAUGCCAUUAACCUGGGCAAGGCGGUGGGGGCGAAGGUCAACGACUUGCUGAGAAGGAAAGAACCCAGCCACCUCGGAGACAUUGGAGUCAUGGAGAUCAACAAGAAUGUCGGUGCUGUUUGGAGCUGCAUGGAGCAACUCGGCCCGGGUACCACCAGCAGUCACAUCUCCUCCUUCGACUCGUUCCCUCGGCUCGACCCACCGCCACCGACGGGCAAGAAGCGCCUCCCUCGAGCUCUGAAGACGACCCAGGACAUGAUGAUCUCCUCCGACCCCGUGGUCUCCUCCCCGGACACCUCGGACUCCCACUCCUUCGUCCCAUCAUCCGAAACCACGCCUAAAGACGAGGCAGGGGGUGAUGAGGAUCAGCGGCGAGGAGGCGAAGAAGAGAAGGAGGAGGUGGAGAAGAAAGCUCCAGCUGAUUCAGACAGCGAGGUGGAUGGAGUCGAGGAGAAGGAGGAGAAGCAUCAGUACCAGCUUCAGCACUCUGUCCCAGAUCUUAUCAACAAAGGCCCUCUCUUGGAGUUGAAGUCCAAACCCUGCGACGUGUGGCAGAGAGCGUCCUCGCCCGACCUCCGGCUGGCCUCCACCCCCCGCUCGGACAAAUCUCACUGCCGCAUCAGCCUCGGAGAGGAGGUGCUGCUGGGAAACGGCGCCCCCUGCAGUAAGGACUCUGGAGUGAGCACCGAGGACUUGGAACUUCAUCCGGACCUGCUGUCCUUUGAGUAACGUGGCUGAAACACCGAAGAUCUUCUGGAAAAGGAAACAAGUUUGUUGUUUUUUUAACGAUUUAUCAGCUUCUUUGACAAUUUUAAAUGUUGUCAUUAACUUCACCCUUUUAAGGCUGGCUUUAAUGAUGGACAACUUUUCAGUAGUUUUUUAAAAAAAAAUUUCACCUACUCCUUGUGCUUUAUUUAAAGGUUUGUUUUCUGUUUUAGACAACUAGAUAAUGGGAAAAUGAAUGUAGUGAUUAUUGUAAUUAAAUUACAUUUAAAUGAGUUUUAAAAUUCAGUUGAAGGAGCUGCACAAAGUUUUCUAAACUGGACAAAAACUCAAAUACGUUUUAAUCAUUUAAAGAAAUAUUUUGUUACAACAAAAAUAUACAGAAGCUGCUGCAAGAAAACACUAAAAUGCAACUAAUUCAUGUUAAAAAUCUAUUUUUCACAGGUUUUCAGUGGAAAAUAAGUGUUAAGUUUGGUAAAGCAGGUUGAUGGAAAAAGAAAAAGAAAGUUUUGAAAGUUUUUGAUGAAAUUCCUGAAACUUAAUUUGCUGAAAGCGUCUUUAAAGAGGAUUUUAACUGAAACUUAACUUAAUUGAAUUUCUGCAAUAAUUUUAGUGAAAGAGACCGAAAUCUUCAAAGUUAAAGGUGUAAAUUUCCUGCUUGAGUCAGAUGUGUGGAUCGUCAGGAACCAGGGAAGGUUUUUAUUUUAUUUUUGUUUUGUUAUUUUUAGCCAGAGAGGAGAAAUAAUGAGCUGUCAACAGAAAGAGAUGAAAGAGGAGUGGUUUUAUUCCAGCACAUCCUAAAGUGACGAACCAAAGACAGAAAUUAACAGCUCAGUCAGACAGAUUGUUUUGUCACUUCUUCUUCUUCUUCUUUUUUGGAUGGAUAAAAAGAAGCAAAACAGAGUUGAAAAAGGUGAAAACCAAAGUUCAAACGAUUUAUUUCUGCUUUUCUUUACCAGCUGUAGUUAAAUCUGAGCCCACAUUUUAGAGAAGUUAUUAAACCUUUAUUUAAAGCUAAAAAAGCAGAAAGCUGCUGUUUUGUCUUUUUUUUUUACGCGAGCCUGAAACAUCACUUCUUUAGAUUUAUUUGUCUGUUUUAAGCUAGCAUUUUAAAAAGUUUUCAACAAAGAGCUUCGGUGUUCGUAAAAAACGUGAUAAAGUUUCCAGACAAARGCUGAGAAUGUGAGGAAUGUAGAACUAGAGGUUUUUUUUUUAUUUUUUUUAUUUUGCAGAUACUUUCUGUGGUUGUGAGCAACCCAUUCCUGUAGCUUACAUGGAUUUUAUAUUUGUUGUAAGACAUAAAAUAAGUUAUUUUAAGUCACACCACCUGGAAGCAAAAGUGAGCGUUAUCAACGGAACAAACAAGAAGAAAAACUGGCAAAUACGGUGAUGAAUGUUUAAUUUUUAUUUCAUUCUAUAAGAUUAUCUGAAGCAAUUUACCAUCUCCACACAUUAAAUCAACCAUUCAGAUCAGUAAACUGAAUACUUUUGUACUUUUUGGACCAAAUAUAAGUCUGUAUUUAAUGUAGGUUCAGGGGAACAACUGUCCUGAUUUUUGUUAUUUUAGGUUUUUCUUGUAAGAUAAUCAAAAUGAUUGAUUUUGUUUCUGUCACAAUCUAUUUGUCGUUUUCUAACUUGUUGUUUUGGUCUGAAUCUGAGGUUUUUUUCUGCUCAGGCAUCAGAAAUGUAAAAAAAGCAAUAAUAAUCGGAAACAUGUUGAUGUUUAUUAUCCGUUAUAUUAAAAAAAUACAUAAAUAAAUAAAUAAAAACACCAAGGUUUAGAGUAGGGGUCUUCAACGUUUUUCAGUCUGGGACCCUGAAACAUGGAGAGACAGAGCAUUGUAAGGAAGCAGAGUUCAGCUGGUGUGCUCACAGUUUGUGUGCGUUUCUGUCUAAAAUACAUUAUUUUAUGGCUCCAUUUAUCAAUUAGUUGCAACAUGUUUGAUUCGUGUUAAUGUGUUUUAAAUACAGAACUUUUAAUUAACAAAAAAUGUUUUUAAAAAAGAAUAAACUAAGAUCACAACUUCCCCUGCAGUACCUCCAGACACCACUAGGGGUCGCAUCUACCAUUGAAGACCCGUGCUUUAGAGUUUUGUGUUUUUCUGAUGAAGGACAUGAUUAUGUGAAAAUAAUUUGAGAGUUUUUUCUUGGCAAAACAAAUGAAGGAUGGUUUAUUGAGUGUUUAGUUGUUUUUUAGCUGUUUUAUUUUCAUGUUUCUGUAAAAUCUGCCGACAUUUCAUGAUGAAUGAAUGAAUGAAGGACGCUCCGAGCUGCACAAAGAGACUGCUGGAUGCCAAACCUGAGACUUUAUUCUUUUAUUAUUUUGGAACUAAAGCAAAUUAGCUCGAUCAUUUUUAUGUUAAAAAAAUCAAAAUAGCUUCUUAUUUUCCUACAAUAUAUUUUUUGACGUGUGAAAAUCAUUUCCUGUAAACCCUAUAAAUUUAGAUUUAAUCCUGA